AUGGCAAAGGCAGCCGGGCUUGUCUGCGCGUUUCUCCUGCUGGCUUCGUUCUGCUGCCAGAGCCUGGCUCAGAAGGCCCCUGGCGCGCCGGACAAGUGCUGCUUCACGUUCCAGACAAGCAGGAUCAAGAAAGGCAACAUCGCGGGCUGGUACUUCACCAACCCCGAGUGCUCCUACCCCGCCGUGGUAUUCAAGACUCGAAAGGGCAAAGAGAUCUGUGCCAACCCUGACAAGCCGUGGGUGAAGAAAUACCAGGGGUUCUUCCGGCCGAAUUCCCUGUCUGUCCCCACCUAG